ACAUGCCCGCCUGCUAUACAUGAGCGUGUGCAGGUCUGUACUGCAUGUCUAGAUAGAGAGCACCUAUGGCCAUUUGCGUGCUUGCAGCUACUCUCUCUCUCUCCCUCUCUCUCUCUCUCUCUCUCGCACGCACAGUUUAAUUCAAUCGAUCGGAACAUUUACUCCCACAACUCACAUACAUAUGUGCACAUUUACAGCAUGUUCUUUUCUUUUUACCAAAUGCUCAAUUACAUAAGCAACCAUUUUGUACCUUUAGUCUGUCAUUUAAACAUAUUGACUAACGUAUUGUUUCGUGCAAAAUUUGUCUGCAUAUCUUUGCUUGCUUUAUGCUAAUUCUGCACAUUCAUUUCAAUUACAAAGUAAUUAUUUCAUUUCCAAAGUCAGUUUGGUCAAUCAAAUUAUUCCUAAUCGCUAAAAAUUCUUAUUCAAUUGAGUAAAAUUCAUAAAAUUAGUUAGGAUAUAGCUAGCAAACUAACGACGCAUAAUUCACUCACCGCAAUGAUGUUGUCUGCUAAUUAUUAUGGUUAGGUUAAACGUAAAAUUGUUAAAUUCUUAGUUCUUGCUGGUGCAACAAUGAAAACUUUUUACCACUGAUAAAAGUCAAUUAGUAAUAGUGCAGUAUGUCUGAAACCGAUGAAACUACAUACGUCAUAGGACAACACUUCGGCAAACUUGAUCUCGAUCGAACAGGUUUCUUUGAUGACGCGACGCAAGGACCGGGUCCGUUUGGUAGUUACGAUGACCCAGUCAAUGGAAGUUUACGUACAAAUUUUGCCAAAGGACCGCAGAUGUUCAGCGAGAUGCAUGGACGCCUAUUUGAGAAAGGCUUCAAACGAAUAUUUCAAGGCGAAGCGUUGGCUGACGAAGAAAAAAAUCAGAAAAAAAAGAAGAAAGAAUCCAAGGGCAUUUUGAUACGACCCCCAUUCCCAAAAAAAAAUGCUACUCCAGGUGAUUGGUUUGGUUGCAUUGGCAAACAACCUAAGGCUUUUAGUCCUGAAACAAUAGAACAGUCCAAGCCACCAAAAAUGCCACCUAACUUCAGUACCAAUCCUAGCAAAGUAGGUGGACCUGGAUAUAAGGACAUAUGCAUCAAUCCUUAUCUUCCAAUAUAUGGUGAUUAUGAACCAUAUGAACCCGAAAUCAAGAGAUCUAAAGCUAGUGCAGUACAAGUGAAAGAUCGCUACAAAACAACUAUUCCUCCGUCAACAUACUUCGACGAAAAUCCAUUCAAACCAUUGGAGCCAGUCGUUUUAAUACCAGAUCAACCAAAACGAGUCGGAAAAUUUGCCGCAAAAAUUCCCAAGUCUCGACGCUUCUACUUGACUUUUCCGCAGGCUCCAAAGGGCCCCAAAUCUGGUUGUUUCAAUCGAUAUCCUAGUUGGAUAAGCGAUCCUUACCAAAUUACCAAAGAAGCGAAAAAGAAGAAAAUUGUAAUUCUAAAGAUAUGGCAGCCCGUUUAUGAUGGUGCAAAAAAAACGAAAUACACUGAAAGUAUCAUAAAACGAGUCACGGAUGUGGCUUGUAAUGCUACAAAUUAUGCCGAAUACCGCGAACAAGUUUACAAACUCGAUUGAAUCUUUUAGACAAAUAUGUUCAUAGAUAUAUCGUUAAUAUUUCCGAAUUUAAUAAAUAUUUUCGGAACUAUUUGUCACUUCUUAGAGAUUUAAAACUUUUCUAGGAAGAAACAUAUACGUUCAAUUGAAAAGCUCAUUAGAAAAAUUUAGAAGGUAUCUGUUGGUAUUGAAAGUAAGGCAUGUGAUUUUUUUUAGUGAUAAAA